AUGAUGACGCGCUUCAAAGCCUUCCCCGGGGGCGUGGGGGGCAUGAUGCACGCCGUUCUCAGCUUCCAGGGGCUAACGUGGGAGGAAAUGGGCCUCAUUCGACAGAUAGCCCCGAAGAAGGGGGAAAGAAAGGACUUCAAGGACUUUGGGGGCGCGCCGCAGGAUCUGACGGCGGCCGAGCGAGUGCUGCUGCAGAUGAACCAAGUGCCCAGGUUGAAGGCCAAGUGCCGCGUGGCGCUGUUCAUCAUGAAAUGGGAGGAGCUCCGCAACGAGAGCGUGCAGGCGCUGGACACCGUCCAGGCCGCCUGCCAGGAGCUUCGUCGGAGCUCCCGCCUCCAGAGCGUCCUCUCAUGCGCCCUGACCGUGGGCAAUGCAGUCAACGAUGGAUCUCCCAAGGGCAGCGCCAGGGCCAUCACGCUGGAGUCGCUGGCUGCCUUCACAAGCUUCAAGGUCACAGGCAGCUCGGCGCCGUCGUCCUCCCCGCCUGCCCAGCCAGCACGCGGGCCCCUCGCCGGCGCCCCCCAGGCCAGCACCCAGGCCAGGACACUCUUGGACUUCCUGGCACGCGUGGUGAGGGGCCUGCCAGGGGCAGCCCACCAAGGGGCAGGGGGCUUCUUGGGUGGCCAGACGCCCAGCCUCCCCGCGGCCGCCCCUCUCCUCUCCGGAGGCCUCCAAGAGCUGGAGGAGGACGCCGCGGUCGGCCUGAAGAAGGCCAUGGCCGAGUACGCGGCCAUCUGUGGGAGGGCCUGGGUGGGGGGCCAGGAGGGGGGGGGAUGGCCGGGCGCGGCGGGCACAAGCGCAGCCCGGGGGGGGGAGGACGCAUUUGGGGCGCGGCUGCACGGCUUCCUGGCCAGCACGGAGGGAGCGCGGGGCGACCUGGCAGCCAGAAGGGCGGAUGUGGAGGCUGAAGUGGCCUCCGUUGCCGCAUGGUUUGGAGAGAGGCAGCCGCACCGCGCCCCCCAAGCCCUCACACUUCUCAUCACCUUCAUCACGCAGUUCGACGCCGCCUACGCCAUGACGGCCGCCUGA